AUGCUAACAAGCGCAUGUGUUAGAUCUUCGACGAACAUCAGGCGCUCCGCAUUCGAGCGACUCGCUGCUUUCAAUGCACUACGACCAGGUCUGAGCGACAGUGACCAGGAUAGCGGCCCACCCAGCGACAGUAGGCGUAAUGGCCUACGGCCAAAGGGUCUGCUGGACGCAGUUCUGAAAGGACACCCCCCGGUAUCGCGAGUACCAAUGACCAUCCGAGAGCUCGAAAUUCUACUCGCUUUAUCCAAAAGCUCGUCAAACGUCUCCCAGCAAGACCACGCCCUCCGACUAGCUUCACAACUCUCCGAAUAUUUACCAGAGUCCCAUAGUCAACUGUUCCAACCCUCACCUUUCCUACUCGACAUAGAGCCGUCUCCAUGGGAAGAAUUAACGCGGAGUUUGACGGAGGCCCUUUUAUCGCUGAGUGCAAAUCACGCACCUGUUUUCGAAUCUGCGAAAACAGCGGUUAAGGAGUAUCUCAAUAGCUAUCUACAGGCAGCGGAUGCCUCAGUCUCUGGUCCAGAUCGAUCUGCUCAGUUCGAGACUCGUCAUGAUUCAGCGGAAAUUAUAGUGCUUACAGUUUCAUUGGUCGGGUUUAUGGAAGGCGCUUCCAGAUUCACUCAUUUGUGGACUACCGUGGAAAAGCUGGACAUUAUUCAGCAGCUACAAGAGGUCCUAUCGGAGAACUUUCUCGUUGCUGUCGAGACCGCCUCUUCCAAACUUCGCACCUUGAGCACAGCGGACUCUUCUCUGCGAGAGUGGCGCAGAUAUUCUCGAAAAUACGCAGCCCAAAGACGACCUCUCGGUGCUAUGUUAUUACAAAAGGGUCUUAUUAAUCUUAUCAAAUCUUUUACGACUACAGCUGUUUUGGGCUCUUCCGUUAUGGAUGACGACGCGUUCUUGACUAAGUACACCACUGAAUUUAAAAGGACAAUAAAUCAUAGCGGAGACAAUGAGGUUUCAUUUGUGAAGCAUCUCACGAGUAUCAUUGGAGAUGAAAUUCAACUUUUACAGGAUGGUGCAGAUUAUCUGCAAAUAGGUUCACCGUGGCAACAGGACCUCGCUUUCUCAGUGAAGGCAUCGGCCCUAAUAGCUUUUUUGAACUGUACAAUAUUGGACGAGGAAGUGGCUGAUAUUGAUUUGUUGCUGUCAUGGCUUGAUGAUACAAUUACCGACCCAAUUCAGAUGGCUCGUUUUGAUCUAGCAACUGCAACUCUCAAAAUUGCGGCGAGUAUCGCAAAUUUAUUCCGCGCAAAUGCCUCCAACCUCAGCCAAUCCCUUCUCAGAUUCAUUGUGCAAGGUAGCCCGAAUGCAUCCAUAGCUUCGGUUGCUGCCAACUGCCUUGCGAAGAUCCUUAACAUCUUGUCCCAAGAUUCUGAAGAUACUGUGAUCACUACUCUGUACUCACUGGGUAAUGUUUUGAGUCCAGCUGCCGUAAGUGCUGAACGACAAGCUCAGCCUUCUAUCGAAACAGUUGAAAACAGUGGCAACAUGGAUACCUAUUACUCCAAUACAGAAAGUGUGAUCUCGCUGCCUGGCAAUAGUGAGGAGGAAAUAGUAGUGACCCAUCGCAACGUCAUCCAUGCAAUCGUAACCUUAGCUGUCGGGCGUAUGAAUGAAAAAAUCACUGCUCUGUCCCAAUCAAUGCUGCUUCAAAAAAUCGGCAAGAUCAACAUUGUUGUUGACGCAUACAUCAUUCAGGAAACUGCCAAGUUGGCACUUGCCAGCAGACAGUCGGAAUUUCAGCUGUUGCUGAAGUUUUAUGCCCGUCUUCAUCGGGAGGGUAUGCUCAGAGGCCACAGCAUUAUUAUCGAUGCAGUCCAUAAUGCGAGGAUCUAUCUCUCGUAUUGCUUGAGACAUAGCCCAUCUCACUACAGGGUUUAUCUUGUACAUUUACUUGAAAGAAUCAUCAGUAGAGGGGAUGCGACUGACUACGAACACAGUCGACAAAAGGAUGUAGCAUUAUCACCAGGUGACAUUACACCGUUCUUGAAGCCGCUUGGAAUUCUGCUGUCGUGGCAGAACGAAGCGGCAGGCCAGUCUGCUGAGGCUUCUAACUACGACGAGGACACAGCCGCUCUCUUCCGUGACGCCUGGUUUAAUAUUGCGGUACAUGGUAUAACACUAAAGUCCGAAAUGGGGAGACUGUACCGGGACGAACUACGGGCUAUUGCAGUAAAUUCCCCGACACUAGUCCCUGAAAAUCGCACUGAGAUCUUGGAGAGUGAUGUUGAACUCAACGUCAUUCUCAGGCGUGGUAUGACGCCUCAACGAGUGGCUGAACAAAAAAAGCUACUUGUCAAAGAGCUACCAGACCGUGAGUCUGAUAUCAAGCGCCUCACCUACCAAAAGGCCAUUUUUCUCAAUGCCAGUUUACUAGUUGAAUGCCUUCGAGCGUCAUCCGGGCAUUGCAAUAAGAUAUUUUUGUACUUCUUGGAUCCUUCUCUGAAAUCAUCAGAAAUGGGUACCUGCAUGGAUGCCGUCGCUGAUAAGGUUAUUAGCACGUACUUGUCGAUAACUCUGGCUGGCAAGGAUCAAGACUUUUCAGCUCCAUGUUUAUCAAAUCAGCUCUCAGGAAUCUUCCUCUACUGUUGCCAUCGCAUCAGUAGGGUUCAGGAUGUUGCUUUAUCUUGUGCAGGCAAGAUCAUCACUGCGUCCCCAUCCUCUCUAUGUGACAGAAAUUCUCUUUUUGUGCUACUAGACCUUCUCACUAUUAUGUGGUCAUCCUGCCUCGAAAAUGAAUUGGAUGAAUACGGUUGGAAGUCCACCUUUUCAAAGGGUAAGGUGCAAAUCGCACUAUCUGACAAUUACGAUUCGCGUAAACGCACUUUGGCUGCAUUUCAUGUCCAAGCGAAAACAUGGGUCACGAUUGCAAUUAAUAUCUCUCCUCUAGAUGUGAAGGGUCUCUUACAGACAUACCUUUCAGAAUAUGUAGAUGAUGACACCUACGGGGAUAUUUCGCUAGGACGCUCAUUCGCCCUCGAUAUGGCUGCUCAGAUUCCUCAGGGCGACCAACGAUUGGGUUCCAUUGACAAAUACGGUAUACAAAAUAUCAACUUCGCCUCGGAUUUCAUUGCGCAGUACACCGCACGACAAGAAUACAGGUUCUCGGAGGUUUCUUUGACAAAUGGCCAGAGAAUCAAGGCCCAAACAUUUGUCACCAAUGGUGCUAUUGACUCUAAUAUACACCAGCCUGUCAGAAUAGUGGCUGACGAUUUGGAACGGCUCUCUCGACGUAUCUCCACUGGCGACGAAGUAUUUGGUGAUGAAACUCGUCAGUCUCUACGAAAUGCAGCAGCAGUUAUCUCCAGGGGCAUGGAAAUCCAACCAACAAUCAUCCAUUACUUAGUCGGUAUACCAUUUCAGAUAUUCACUAAGGAGUCAAUCAAGUUUGGCAUCUCAAUCUGGUUGGGUGUAAUUCACGAAAAUCCCGAAGCAGAGUCCAGGGUCUUGACAGAGAUGGUAGAAGCUUGGGAGAGAACUGUAAGAAGAAGAAAAGGGUUGUUUGAUCCUUAUUUUGAGCACCCCGACCCUUUUUUUACCAACAUUGAGCUGCUUCCAUCGGACAAAACAGCCCUUCUUCGACAACAACACAAGGCGCAGGAUCUCUUGUCUCCACAUUUCCGUAUUCUGCAGUUCUUCGACAGUCACUUUAAUGCCAUUCGUUUAGGCAACCCCCAUUCUCAGCGCAUACUCACUCGAAUGAUCAGCAGUGCCCUCCUUGGCUUAAAGCACACCGGGGGUCAUCCUCUAGCACGUGAGGUUCACUUCUAUAUCAUACUUUUAGCACUGAAGAUAAUACGAUUUUCGACAGCACAAAGCGACACCUCCAGAUGGAAAUUGAAGGAUUUGGCUCUGUCGGCUGCUCUCAGUUGGUUCAGGCACCCUGCCAGAUGGUCCCUGGGUGGGAAUCGACUACAAAUGAAAGCUGAAGAUAGAGUUUUGGGUGACCUAGAACUUGCCCUUAAAAGUCUCGCAAAUCUAGGUUCUGUUAAUACAGGGCCUCGAAAAUCUUUGAGAAGUAAACAGGAGCUUUUGCAAAUUCUUAUUGAGAACGAACGAAUGCGUCUUAAGGUUUGGCUCUUUCCGCUUGAACAGGAACGGAAAAAUCACAUUACAGGUUUUGGGGGGAAAAGUCAACCUGAGGUCGUUGGUUCACUCUUACAAAUAGCUUGGAACGAGAACCCAAGCCUAGCCAUCCAAAUAGCGACCCGAUUUCCCUCACAGAAGGUUCAACAUGAAGUUCGCUGGCUGCUUCUCAAUUUCCCCGAGAAAGCACUGGAUGCACCUGAGAGCCUUGAGAUAAUGUUAGGCACUGCUUUACCGUCAGACAUUUCCUUUCAACUGAAGUAUCUCCUAUAUUGGGCUCCUGUCGCACCUAUUGAAGCAUUAACAUUCUUUUUACCGGCAUAUGGAAACCACCCAUUCAUUCUACAGUAUGCCAUGCGAGCCCUGGAAAGCCACUCUAUCGAUGUUAGAUUUUAUCUUGUUCCACAACUUGUACAAGCCUUGCGAUACGAUGCCUUGGGCUAUGUUGAGCGAUAUAUUUAUGAAACUGCAAAACUUUCUCAAUUAUUCGCCCACCAAGUCAUUUGGAACAUGAAGGCAAAUGCGUAUAAAGACGAAGAUUCUCAGAUUCCCGACUCAGUCAAGCCUACGUUGGAUAGCUUCAUGGAAAGAUUAAUAUCAAGUUUCUCCACGGACGAACGCGACUUCUAUGAGAGAGAAUUUUCCUUCUUUAACGAGGUUACCGGAGUUUCUGGAAAGCUACGACCGUUUAUCAAAAAGAGUAAACCUGAAAAGAAACAAAAGAUUGAGGAGGAACUACGCAAGAUAAAAGUGGAAGUCGGAGUUUAUCUGCCAAGUAACCCUGAUGGAGUCGUUGUUGGCAUUGAUCGAAAGUCUGGGAAGCCCUUACAAAGCCAUGCAAAAGCUCCGUAUAUGGCUACAUUCAGAAUCCAAAAAACCAGGCCCGUCGAGCGAGCCGUCGAUAAAGGUGCAAGAGAGAAACAGUUAUUACAAAACGGCAGCAAAAGUACAUCGGCAGAGCACUCAAGUGAGACGUACGAAGUCUGGCAAUCUGCUAUUUUCAAAGUCGGCGAUGAUUGCCGACAAGAUGUCCUAGCCCUGCAGUUGAUAGCCGCUUUUAGGAGUGUGUUCAACUCAGUUGGGUUAGAUGUCUGGGUGUUUCCUUAUCGAGUGACAGCUACUGCUCCUGGAUGUGGCGUCAUUGAUGUUUUGCCGAACUCCAUCUCUCGAGACAUGCUUGGUCGUGAAGCUGUUAAUGGACUUUACGACUAUUUCGUUUCAAAAUAUGGCGGAGAAGAGUCCACAAGAUUCCAAGAGGCCCGAACGAAUUUUGUCAAGAGCAUGGCCUCAUAUUCGGUUAUUUCAUAUUUACUGCAGUUCAAAGACCGGCACAACGGCAAUAUCAUGAUUGACGACGCCGGACAUAUCAUUCAUAUUGACUUUGGAUUCUGUUUCGACAUAGCACCUGGAGGUGUUCGCUUUGAAAGGGCUCCGUUCAAACUUACUUCAGAGAUGGUGGCUGUCAUGGGAGGAGUGCAACACGUUGCUGGUGGGAAUUCUUCCGGAACACUGCAUAUACCAGGUACUCAUGGCCACGAUCCGACGGGCACACAAUCCUACAAAUGGUUCGAGUCACUUUGUGUCAAAGCAUUCUUGGCGUCGCGUCCACAUGCUAACAAAUUCAUUCAAAUUGUGACGAUGAUGUUGGACAGCGGGUUGCCAUGUUUCAAGCCAGAAACCAUCAAGAAUUUCCGCGACCGCUUUGUUCUGGACAAGAGUGAGAGGGAGGCAGCGGAUUAUAUGCGUGAUUUGAUUGACAAGAGUUAUCUCAGCUUGUCUACCAAGGGAUAUGAUCAAUUCCAACUCAUGACCAACGGUAUCCCUUACUAG